AUGGCCUCAUCUCCGGAAUACGUUUUCUCCCGGGAUCACCUGGACAACAACCGGAUCAACCUGCAACACUAUUUGGUAGUUCAACUGUUUGGAUAUCGCAUCCACCCCUCCAUUCCAACCCAGAGCCCGGAUCUGCGGAUUGCCGAUUGUUGGCACAGGCACCGGGGCCAAUCUAAAAGUAGCAGUAUAUGGCUCACGGACCUGGCUGGCGAGCUGCCUAAGUCGGCUCGUCUAGAUACUCUGGAUAUCUCGUUUGCCGCCGCCCCCUUGCCGGAGAUGCUCCCACCCAGCGUGAGUUUGCACCAGUGGGACGUCAAGACUGACGUGUCGGAGCAUCUGAUGGGCGUCUAUGAUGUGGUUCAUCUUCGCUUUUUCGCCUUUGUUAUCCAGGAGUACGAGUUGGAUGCGAUACUAGAAAGACUCCUCAAACUUCUGACCUGGGGAUAUAUCCAAUGGACCGACAUUGAUAUCAGCUCCCUCCGGCUGGAAAAGAUCCGGCCGGAUAUUCAGGCCGACGCGCAGGUCAAGUUGAUGAACCAGUUCAAAGGGAACGAUAACCGGCUGGACUCAGCCUGGGCGCCACCACACUUAGCUUUGGCGCUACACGAGGUGGGAUUACUGGCAACCGAGGUCCUCACACGGAACAAGGCAAGCAGUGGUACCGAGGAAGUAGCGAGAGUGAUGAAGCGGACGCUGGCUCAAGCUGCAAAGGAGACUCGAGACGGAUCGUAUUUAGCCUUUACUAGAUACACCGUGGUGGCGCGCAAGAAGGAUCCUGCGUGA